AUGGGACUAAGACUUAAAAAGCUUACUCAAACACUUGAAAGUAAACGUCCAUAAGAAUAUAAUUUCCCUAGAGGAGUUGAUUAAUUCGAAUAUUCUCCAGAUAGAUCAUAUAGUUCCUUAUAAGUAGAUGUAUAUGAUCUCAACAGUCAAUAAAGACGUAUUCAUCGUAGAGUUCUAUCUCAAAUUGCCAUUCAAAAAGGAAAAUAAAAAGAGAAUAAAUUAAAUACUCUAUCUCCAUUGAAAAUUGAUUUUACAGUGACAUCCAAAGCAAAACUUAAUUCAUAAAGAUUCUUUCUAAUGAAUUAAGUACUUAAUUUAAGAUAGAAAUAAAAUAAGCUAUAAUCUUCAUAAGUAGUGAUUUAGAAGUCUUCGUAAAAGAAAGGACAUAGAAUGCAUACAGAUACAAUAGAAAGUAAUAGUAAAUAUCGAUUGGGAUGA